AUGCAUCUGGAAGCAGAGCAAGUCUUGAAAAAGGUGGAUAUAUAUCCUCUGGACGUUCGGUUGCUGGAGUUGCUCGUUCUCAUCAUUCCAACAACAGGCAAAACGACGAAUGCGCCGAGAGACCAAAAUUCUCCUCCUUGGAUCGGGAGAUUCGGGUACAAUAUCCUCCCUCUCAAAUGGAAGACUACGAUCAUGAAGCAGAUGCGACUCAUUACCCAUAGCGCAUUCACUUAUGGGGAACUCGAGGCAUAUCGUCAGCUCGUCUUUGCAAAUCUCGUCACCGGAAUGCGUGCUCUCGUGGAAUGUCUGCCAGACGUGGGUAUGCCCAUCGAUCGAAUCCCGGACAUUUGGGCUGCAUAUCAAGAAAUCGAAAAGGCACCCGAUAUCAAAGAGGGACAGCCAUUUCCAGAGGAAUAUUUACCGCACUUCAAGCUCCUCUGGGCUCAUCCGACGAUCCAGCGUGGGAUAUUAAUUUGUCGACAAUUCGCCAUCCCGGACAACGUGCCUUACUUUUAUGAAUCUCUUGAUCGCUUAUUCGCGCCCUCGUAUCAGCCGACACACCAAGACCUUGUGCAUGUUCGUGCGCGGACAACGGGUAUCGUUGAAACAGUGUUUCAAAUUCCAAAUGAUCUCUCGCGUAUCACCCUGCCGGACCCAAAUGCAAUCCCGAUCCCGGCACAGUCUCGUCACACGCGGCUGCAAACAAAGGUUCAACCAGCGGGCCCCAACCAUGAAGACUCCAACGUGCCAUCAAUGGAGACGACGUCGAGGACAACCACCGCAGUAGGAGGGGAUUCGGCAACUCUAGAGGACGCAAGAAAAGCGCUGCUCAAAUGGCAGUCAAGCGAGAUGCAAGAAGUGCGCUUCGUCGAUGUUGGUGGUCAGAAAAGCCAACGAAGAAAAUGGAUACAUUGCUUUCAAGAUGUGACAGCAAUCCUAUUCCUUGUCGCGCUCAGUGGCUAUGACCAAUGUAUAAUUGAGGAGAAGACGACUAAUCAAAUGUCAGACGCGAUGAGUAUCUGGGGAAAUAUAUGUACCAUGGAAUGGUUCAAAAACUGCCAUUUUAUCCUUUUCCUGAAUAAGGAGGAUCUGUUCUCUGAAAAAUUGGAAUCUUCUCCAAUCCGUCGUUAUUUUCCAGAUUAUAGUGGGGGCAGUACCGACGUCGAGGCAGCGAAGGACUACUUCAAGCGACGGUUCCUUCGAAUAGCACAGAAGGGAACGCAUCAACUUUUGCAAGAGUGCGAGUCGUCAACAAGGCCUAAUAAGACGGACAAUACAUUUCUGUCCAAGAGAACGGUCUAUCCUCACUUUACGACGGCCGUCGACAUUUCUCUCAUCCAAAGGGUGAUGGAAAGUGUAUCACAUAUCAUCCUACAAUCUGCGCUUCAAGAAGCUGAUAUCUUAUAG